AUGCUUUCGACAUUGAAUCACUAUUUAUGGGGCGAAUCAGUCUGCGCCGAAGUCUUGGAUCGAGUUACCUUUACCAUUAACGGAAAACCUUACACCAUCAACUCCAAGACCUGCCCAGUAGACACAUCUUUGAACACGUUCAUCCGUAACAAUGUCCUACUCCGUGGAACGAAAUUCAUGUGCUUGGAAGGUGGCUGUGGAGCUUGUACUGUAUACGUCGAACGCCGUGAUCCCAUCACCGGAGAGAAGGUCUCGAUCGCAGUUAACUCGUGCCUGUUUUUGUUAUUUGCGUGCCAUGGACUGGAAAUUACAACGAUCGAAGGAAUUGGAAACAGGAAAGACGGAUACCACCCGCUGCAGGAGCGACUGGCUCAGUACAAUGGGUCUCAGUGUGGAAUGUGCUCUCCCGGAAUGGUGAUGACGAUGUACAGUCUGAUGAAGUCGAAGGGAGGGAAGGUUUCAGUGGAAGAUGUGGAGAAUGCACUCGGUGGUAAUCUAUGCCGUUGUACCGGGUAUAGGCCGAUAUUGGAUGCAUUCAAAUCCAUGGCAACGCAAACGGAAGAAGUGUGUGCAGAUAUUGAAGACUUUGUGAAGAUUUGUCCUGGUAGUGGGAGAACUUGUGCUGGAAAGUGUAGGAUAAAAGAUGAGAAAAAACAGAUCAAGAUUUUGUUUGAAGACGGAAAAGAGUGGCACAAGGUUUACAGAUUGCAAGAAGUCCUGCAUAUUCUGAAUCAGAUUGGAGAGCGACCGUAUAUGCUAGUGUGUGGGGAUACGGCUCAUGGAGUGUAUCGAAGAUGUGAGAAUCUACAGGUGUUUAUAGAUUGCAACUCGGUGGAGGAGCUACACGAAGUCUCCCUGAAUGACACCACCGUUUCGGUGGGAGGGAAUAUUUCCCUUUCGAAGUUCAUGCAAAUUUUACAAGAAGCUGCUGCUAUGAAUCCAUUAUUCAGCUACUGCAAGGAAUUGGCAGAGCACGUUGACUUAGUAGCAAACCCAUUAGUUCGAAAUGUUGCAAGCAUUGCAGGGAACUUGAGUUUGAAAAAUCAACACCAUGACUUUCCUUCUGAUAUCUUUCUUCUCUUGGAGACUGUCCGUGCAGAGUUAUCAGUAGUUGACCCAGCAAAUCAAGCAGUCACUGUAAGUCCUGAAGAAUUCGUAAUGUCCAACGCUCAGAACAAAAUAAUAAGAUCAGUCACCUUACCUGCUUUGGAUCCCCAUGUUUACGUUUUUAAAUCGUACAAGAUCAUGGCACGGGCACAGAACGCUAAAGCAUACACGAAUGCUGCAUUUUUGCUGCUAUUCGACAACACAAAAAGUAUCAUCAAAUCUGCACAAAUCUGUUUUGGAAACAUUAGCCCGACAUUCGUUCAUGCUGAGCAAACAGAACGUUUCUUGGAAGGCAAAAAUCUAUUCAACAAUGACACACUGCAAGCUGCCAUAGAAACUUUGAAAUGUGAGUUGAAACCAGAUUGGGUACUUCCUGAAGCAUCUGCCGAAUACAGGAAGAACCUUGCGAUUUCCUUAUUCUACAAAUUUGUACUGAACAUUGCCCCUCAGACCCAAAUUAAACCACAAUACAAAUCCGGUCAAAUACUGCUGGAGCGCCCGCUUUCUUCCGGCCAGCAUUCCUUCGAUACGUACGAAAAAUAUUGGCCGCUCACGAAGGAUGUCCCAAAACUAGAAGGCAUAGCUCAGUGUUCCGGUGAAGCCGAGUACAUCAACGACAUCCCACCAUUCCCCGGUGAACUGUUUGCUGCUUUCGUUGGGGCUACUGUACUCAAUUCCAAAAUAGCCCGGAUUGAUCCAUCGGAAGCUCUGAAGAUGUCUGGGGUGGUUGGAUUCUUCACGGCCAGUGAUAUUCCUGGGGCGAAUAGCUUCACCCCACAAGUUUUGGGAUUUCCCGAAGUAGAAGAAAUUCUCUGCAGCGGUGAAGUACGGUUUUAUGGACAACCAGUAGGGAUAAUCGUUGCAGAAACGUUUGAGAUAGCAAAUAAUGCAGUUAAGUGGGUUGAAAUAAGAUACGAACAAUUGCUUGAUCGAGAGAUUUACCCAACAUUGGAAGAAGCUAUAAAUAAUGCUUCAGAAGGACAUCGAUGUAGUGAGACUGCUGAAAUGGUCGGAGAAGAGUUCAGUACCGCUGAUAUUCGGGAUACGCAGUAUAUCAAAGGAAGAGUGGAGCUGGCAGGUCAAGCACAUUUCCCCUUGGAAAAUCAAACCUGCAUUUGUGUACCGAAAGAGAACGGAAUGGAGGUGUAUCCUGCAACUCAAUGGAUGGGUGUAAACCAAGUCGCGAUUGCGCAAAUGUUGAAGAUUCCUCAAAACCACGUUGACAUCUACGUUAGAAGGUUGGGUGGAAGUUUCGGUUCUAAAGUUUCUCGAUCUGGACUGACAGCAUGCGGUGCAGCUCUAGCUGCACAUCUAACGAAUCGUCCAGUUCGCUUCCCUCUGACCAUGGAGGCAAACAUGGAAAUCACUGGAAAGCGAUACGGUUGCAUCAGUGAUUACCAAGUCCACGUUGACCAAAACGGAAGAAUUAUUAAACUUUCCAAUUACUUUGCCCAUGACUCUGGUAUAUCGUUUAACGAACCUAUCGCAAACACAUUUAUACUGUUCUUUCCAAAUUGCUACGAGAGUAAAGCGUGGAAGAUUAUUGGAAAGAUGGUGAAGACCGAUGUACCCAAAAAUACGUGGUGCCGGGCACCGGGCACCACUGAGUCCAUCGCUACCGUUGAAACGAUCAUCGAAAAUAUUGCUCAUGCUACGGGCAAAGAUCCGUUGGAAGUUCGAUUUGCAAACAUGCCUAAGGAUAGUAGGAUGCGUUCACUCAUACCAGACUUUCUAAAAAGCGUUGAAUACGAAUCCCGCAAACGAUCAGUCGACUUGUUCAACGCUAACAAUCGCUGGAAGAAGCGAGGCAUUGCUUGGAUUCCGGAAAAAUAUCUCCAUACUUACCAUGGCAUAUUUAACGCUCUUGUAUCAAUCUAUCAAGGCGAUGGUACAGUGGUGGUGACCCAUGGAGGGAUUGAAAUGGGUCAAGGAGUCAAUACCAAGGUGGCUCAAGUAAUUGCUUCCACCCUGGGAAUUUCGCUGGAAAUGGUGUGCGUGAAACCUUCCACCAGCUGGACUUCGGCGAAUGUUGAUCCUUCUGGCGGUAGCGUCUCUAGUGAGUCGGUAUGCUAUGCCUCAAGUGAAGCUUGUAAGACUUUGCUAGAAAGAAUGAAACCUAUUCGGGAGAAAUUUCCACAAGCUACUUGGCUACAACUGAUACAGUUAUGCUCUGCAGAUAGCGUUGACCUUACUGUGAAUUUUAUGUUCAAAGCAACGGACGUAAAACCGUACUACUUGUGGAGUUUAUGCUGUACUGAAGUGGAAAUCGACAUUCUUACCGGGAACAUUCUGAUUCGGCGGAUGGAUGUGCAGCAAGACACUGGCGAAAGCAUGAGUCCCGGCAUCGACCUGGGUCAGAUUGAGGGAGCAAUAACUAUGGGCUUAGGAUAUUAUUUGGCUGAAGAGUUAAUCUACAAUGAUACUAAUGGCCAGCUAUUGACAAAUCGCACUUGGAACUACAAGAUUUUCGGAGCAAAUGAUAUUCCAGUUGACUUUCGGAUCAACUUCCUCAAGGGAAGUUCCAAUCCGUGUGGAGUACUAAGAGCGAAGACGACCAGUGAGCCACCGCUAGUUUUGUCGGUUGUGGUGUUGUUUGCUCUGCGCAACGCCUUACGGUCGGCCCGUAGGGAUGCUGGAUUACCCGACGAUUGGAUACCUCUGGGGACUGCUUCAACACCAGAGAAGAUUUUCCUGAAAGCUGGAAAUUUUACUGAUCAAUAUUUAUUGAACUGA